AUGAAAAGGCAAAAUCAAAGCUCUGUGGUUGAAUUCAUCCUCUUGGGCUUUUCUAACUUCCCUGAACUCCAAGAGCAGCUCCUUGGGGUUUUCCUGGCUGUUUACCUGGUGACUCUGAUGGGAAAUGCCAUCAUUAUAGUCAUCAUCUGCUUGGAACAGAGCCUCCACGUGCCCAUGUACCUGUUUCUCCAGAACCUGUCUGUGGUGGACGUGAGUUUCAGCGCAGUCAUUAUGCCUGAAAUGCUGGUGGUCCUCACCAGGGAGAAAACGUCCAUUUCAUUUGUGAGCUGUUUUGCACAGAUGUAUUUCAUCCUUUUCUUUGGUGGCACUGAAUGUUUUCUCCUGGGGACGAUGGCUUAUGACCGAUUUGCUGCAAUCUGUCACCCUCUGAGCUACCCAAUGAUUAUGAACAAAAGGGUUUUUGUGAAAUUAGUAAUGUUUUCAUGGGUCUCAGGGAUCAUGGUGGCUACUGUGCAGACCACAUGGGUUUUCAGUUUUCCUUUUUGUGGCCCCAAUGAAAUCAAUCAUCUCUUCUGUGAGACUCCUCCAGUGCUAGAACUUGCAUGUGCAGACACGUUUCUGUUUGAAAUCUAUGCAUUCACUGGCACCAUUUUGAUUGUCAUGGUUCCUUUCGUGUUGAUACUCCUGUCUUAUAUUCAGAUUCUCUUUGCCAUCCUGAGGAUGCCAUCAGCCACCGGGAGGCAAAAGGCCUUUUCCACUUGUGCCUCCCAUCUUACGUCUGUGACCCUCUUCUAUGGCACAGCCAGUAUGACUUAUUUACAACCAAAAUCUGGCUACUCCCCAGAAACUAAGAAACUCAUGUCAUUGGCUUACACAUCGCUUACACCUCUGCUGAAUCCACUGAUCUACAGUUUGAGAAACAGUGAGAUGAAAAAAGCUUUGAUGAAACUCUGGCGAAGAAGAGUGGAUUCACACACAUUCUGA